AUGGCGCACAAGGACCUUUACGGGGACAUCAGCUCCGUCACGGUUAUGGGCAUGACUCUCGUAUUGAUACACAACAAGGAGAUGGCCCAUGAGCUCCUGGAGAAGAUGGCGAGCAAGACUUCUGGACGGCCGACCAUGGUCAUGGCGAAUAAGCUAUGUGGCUACGAGUCCAUCGUCGUCUGUCAAGGCUAUACGCCUACGUUUCGGCGCUAUCGAAAAUACCUGCACCAAGAGCUCGGCACGACGGUGUCCGCAGCACGGUUCCGGGAUACCCAAGAGAUCGAAGUAGGGCGUCAGCUUGUGCGGACGCUGAAGGAACCUGGAAAAUGGUUGGGCCAUUGUAAAACUGCUGCAGCCGCCACGGUUUUGAAGAUGGCAUAUGGCUACACCAUCGAGCCUCAUCGGCCUGACAAGUUGGUCAACUUGGUGGAGAAAAUGAUGGCUGAGUUUUCGCUGGCCGCUGUUCCCAUGGCUUGGGCUGUCGACAUUGUCCCCGCACUCCAGUAUCUUCCCGAGAGCUUCCCUGGAGCGAAGUUCAAGAAGACGGCUGCGCAGUGGCGCAAGUCCAUUAUGGCAUCAGCAUAUAUUCCCUACCGCUUUGUCCAGGACCAGAUGGCCGCCUCAACUCACCGGCCUUCGUACGUAUCAAAGCUCAUGGAACAACUCAAAGAGGAGCCGACUGUCAAGCUCGACGCCGACGAUGAGGAAGCCGUUAUCUGGACGGCGGCAAGUCUUUACGGCGCUGGGACAGAUACCACCACAGUCAGUCUGACCGUCUUCACAUUAGCCAUGAUCCAGUUUGAAUACGUGCAGCGCAAGGCCCAGGAGGAACUUGAUCGCGUUGUUGGCACGGAUCGUCUGCCCACCUUCGAGGAUCGUCCGAAUCUGCCAUACAUCAACGCCUUGGUCAAGGAAGUCACCAGGUGGUGGCCUAUCGCCCCCAUGGGCUUUCCUCACACCGCUACGGAGGAUGUUGAGUUCAAUGGCCUCCACAUCCCCAAGGGUGCCUAUCUUUUACCCGCCGUCUGGUGGUUUCUACACGACCCACAGGUGUACGCCAAUCCGGAGUGCUUCGAUCCCGAUCGUUUCCUUCCGCCACGGGAAGAACCCGACCCAAUGGCCGAGACUUUUGGCUACGGCCGCAGAAAAUGCCCUGGCCGUUUCUUUGCUGACUCGGGGCUUUACCUCAACAUGGCCCAGUCAUUAGCCGUUUUUAAGUUUAUGAAAGCUGUGGGAAAUGAUGGAAAGGAGGUCGAUGUGGAUGUGAAGGCGAAACCUGGUAUCCUGGCUUAUCCGAGGGACUUCGGUUUUCGGAUCGAGCCGCGAAGUGAGGAGCACAGAUUGCUGAUCAUGCAGUUUGAGCAGCGCCCAUCUCUUUUUGAGCAGAGCGACGCCGAGCUUCUUUGA